AUGUUCGACUCGCUGUCUCGGCUGCAGUUUCUGCGCUGGUUCCCGCGCUCGCGCCGCUUCCUCAGCGAUCGGAUGGAGGCGUUCGAACUCGGCGGGCUCAACAAGAAUGGCGACAACACCUGGCCGAACCUGGUGCAGAUGUUCACCGGCAUGGAGCAGGCCGAGAUGAAGCGUCAGUGCGCACCGGAUCCCAAGAAGGACCCGCUUGACGGCUGUCCGUUCAUGUGGAAGGAGUUCAAGCAGGCGGGGUACCGCACGGCCAUGGCCGAGGACGCGCCAGGGAUGGGCUCGUUUAAUUACCUCAAACUGGGGUUCCUGAAGCAGCCGACGGACUACUACACGCGGCCCACCAGCCUGCUGUUGGAUGCCAACAUUGCCUACAACAAGCAGCUCAACACGAACCUGUGCGAGGGAACGCGAUACAGCUACUUCUCCACCUUCAAGUAUGCGCUGGAUCUCGGCACGCGUCUGGCGGACCGACCGUACUGGGGUUUCGUCUGUCAGAACGUGUUCUCGCACGACUCAUUCAACAUGCCCUAUUUCCUGGACGAGCCGUACUACAAGGUGCUGGAGUCGCUGUUCAGCAGCGGCGCGCUCAAUAACACCGUCCUGGUCACCAUGGGCGACCACGGCCUGCGCUGGGGCCGCGAGCGGCAGACCUUCAUCGGCGGCCUGGAGGAGCGGCUGCCGUUCAUGAGCCUGUACUUCCCGCGCUGGCUGCGUCGCCGCUACCCAGCCGCCUUCGACAACCUGCGGGUCAACCAGCACCGCCUGAGUACCUUCCGCGACGUACCGGACCACUUCUGCACGUGCCUGCGCUCUGAGAAGAUCGCGGCAAGCGACGGACGCGCCACACUCGCCGCUAAGGCCGUGGUGCGCGAGCUGAACGUGCUGCUGCGCGCGGCCCCCGCACUGCACAUCAGCGGCAGCGUGUCGCGGCUGGACCGGUACGGCCACCUGGCGUGGUGCGUCAAGGACCACCGCCUCGAGAAGUACUGCCACUGCGUCACCAGCGACUGA